AUGUCCCAAGCUGCCUAUCUUUACAGUCGCAUUCGAGAGGCGCUCCCAUGGAGCGGCGGCGACCCCAACGUCAAGGGUGACCCCCGAAAAAGCGUCAAAUGGAUCGAUGGCCUUCGAGGUAUCGCUUCUUUCCUUGUCGUUCUCACUCACCUUGCUCGAGCGUGGGAUUAUGAUCUAUUCGCUCCUCGCGAUUCUGAGGAUGCGUCUCCCAGGCUCCUGCAGUUGCCCGUGUUCCGCAUUCCCUGGCAGGGCCGUAUUGGUGUUACUAUCUUCGCGUUCCUGACUGGCUACGUCUGCGCCUUGAAGCCGAUUAAACUGCAACGAAACGGUAAUAUACUGGGCGCUUUUACUGCUGUUGGUAAAAGUGCUUUCCGCCGGCCCCCGCGCCUCAUCAUGCCCGCUACGAUUGCGAUGAUAAUAUCUUGGAUAAUGGCACAGUGCCGCGCAUUCGUUGUCGCCAAUCGCUCGGAUUGCUGGUGGUGCCGAUAUGCCGCUCCUGAUCUCGAGGAUUCGUUCGGAAAAGAAGUGAUCCGACUGGGUCAAAAUUUCCUUACUACCUGGACGACAGGCUACAUGGCCUAUGACGACCACCAGUGGGCGUUGCUGCCACUGCUGAUGACCUCCAUGUUGGUCUAUAUUUUGACAUGCGCGACGAUGUUCAUGCGCUUCCGCUGGCGGUUGUUUGUCUAUCUUAUUAUGGCGCUUUACUUCCACCAGGACAAUGCGAAGAACACAGAAACUUUCCAAUUGCAGGGUAUUUAUGGCAUGUUUCUUAGCGAUUUGUCCUACGAGGUCUCUUUUCAGGAAUUCCUCGAGAAGUGGAAAUGGCCGCGCCGAGUUGUGGCCUUCACCCUGUUUGCUGUUGGGAUCUUCAUUGCCGGCUACCCCGGCGAGCACCCCGAAUGGGCAGACUGGUCGAAUAUUAUGUUCAACAUCUCACACUACAUUUUCCCUCCCGAUGUUAAUGUCGGCAAGCGUUACUCCGCUAUCGGUGUUGAUCUCAUCAUUUUCUCUAUCUAUAUCUCGCCAAGCGUUAAGGAAUUCCUAUCCAGCCGCCUCCUCCUUUGGCUCGGCUCGCAGUCGUUCGCCGUCUACCUCGUCCACGGAACACUCCUCCGUACUGUUCUCUGCUGGAUGCUCUACGGCAUCUCGGGCCAGCCCUUUGACCCCGAGAAGAAGCAGGAAGGAUCAGAUGAACCGGUCUGGAUUCCGAUCCGCCCACCCUGGGUUGUCGCGAUCAGCAUUCCUCUGUGGAUUGCGUUGGUAUACUUCUGCGCGACGAUGUGGACGAAAUACGUGGAUCCGUUCUGUGCACGAAUGACACAGAAGAUGGAAAACCACAUGUUCAUCCAAGAGGAGAAGCCUCAACAGCCAGAGUCAUUACCUUUGACAUCCGUGCCAAUGCAGACUAUGCCGAUGCAGAGCGCGUAA